AUGACGACCACGUCCACGUCGUUCGCGACGCGCGUGAGCCCUCGCGCGCGCGUGACGGACGCCACGCGCGCGCCGAGCGUUUUCGCUCAAAAUCCGGCGGCGGCGCGAAAACGCACCGUGACGCCUCACGCGCGCGCCCGAAGCGCCGACGCCAGGCUCGACGACGCGCUGGAGUACCUCACGGACCUCUACGCCGACUCGGACGCUCGAGUCGAUGGUGCGCGCGCGCGAGCUCGCGAGGACGAGGCGAUGGAGCGCCUGGGGUUAGCCGAGGCGGCGCGCGAGGCGAGAAAGCGAUCGUCCACGCGCGAUCUCGGGGCGAAGACGUCUUACGGGGUGACGAGAGUGAACUUUGGCGCCGUGGUGGAGUGCGAGGCGAGCGCGGAGGCGGUGUACGGAUGGUGGACGACGCCUGCGGCGCUGGCGGAGACGUUUCCAGAGCUGACGCGAUGCGAGGCGACGCCGGACGGCCGCAGAGCGAGGUGUGAGUGGGCGUUCGCGGUCGAUGACGUCCAGAAGAUGCGUGGGAGAGAUGGUGUGGACGCGGUUGAGAGACACCUCAGUUUGGUGCGCGUGACGGAGAACGAACCGGGAUCGAGCGCGACGUACGAGGCGACGGCUGGCAUGCCCGUCGGCGGCGCCGUCGUCGUCACCUCCACAGGUGCCAACUCGUGCACGCUCGACAUUGACGGCUGGGUACACUUCCCCCUAUCCUUGACGAGUCAAACGGGCACGAUGGCGGUGGGCAUGGAUGCGCAGAACAAGUUUUUUAACUCCUUGACAAAGUUCAAGGAGUUGUGCGACUCUGGCGGCGUCCAGAGCGCGCUGGACGACGUCAAGGCGCGCGCCGAGGCCGCCACCGUCCCGGGCGAUCGCAUCACGUUCAACUUUUCGGCAUAG